UUCUCUUCACAAAUCCACCGGAAAAAUGAAACUCUCCAUCUCUGUCUUUCUUCUCUUCAAUCCCCACCAAAAACCCUAACCCCAACCGUAACCAUAAUCUCCCAGAAAUCUCAUCUAUGGAUUUAGCAGUAGAAGCUGCAGUCCUCGGCCGAUUUCAAUCCAUCUCCACCCCGAAAUGCCCCCCUUUCUUUAAAAUCAAUCCCCACCGACGGAUUCCGUCAAGAAUCCCCGCCAAAAUCACUCUCUUCAACUCUCAUAUUUCAAAUUUCUGCCACCGUCCAUCGAGUUUCAGGAAUUUUCCAAAACUUGAAGUUUCCAACGGCCCUAUUCGAUCAAAACCUAUGGAGCGUGGGGAUUUUCCUACUGCGGAGCCUGAAUUUGGUUUUCUCAGGGUUCUGGUCGGGCGUGGAUUGGUGCUGGCGGCGAUGGUCUGCGGGGUUUUUGUGGUCGGGUGCCAGAGGGUUUUGGCAGCAGAAGGUGUUUUGGAUGUGGGGUUUUCUAGGGUUUUUGAGAGGGCUGGGGUCUCGUUUAGAGCGGCCUGGCCGAAAAUUUUGCAGGUUUUGUCUGUAUUUAGAGAGCAAGGAUUGAUUUUAGCAGCGCUGUUGGGUCUGUCUGCUUUCUUUUCGAUGGCGGAGACUUCAAUCACGACACUGUGGCCAUGGAAGGUCCGUGAGUUGGCGGAAAAAGAGCCCGAGAAUGAUGUCUUCAGAAUGCUCCGUAGUGAUGUUACUCGAUUCCUGACGACUAUUCUUAUUGGGACAACAGUUGUCAACAUUGGUGCAACUGCACUUGUCACGGAUGCAGCAACAGCAAUUUUUGGUGAAGCUGGUGUUACCGCAGCGACGGGAGUUAUGACCGUUCUUAUUUUGCUUCUCACGGAAAUUACUCCAAAAAGUAUAGCUGUUCAUAAUGCCACGGAGGUUGCGAGGUUUGUGGUAAGGCCAGUUGCAUGGCUUUCCUUGGUCUUGUAUCCUGUGGGAAGAGUUGUCACUUUUCUCUCAAUGGGGAUGCUGAAGCUGCUAGGUUUGAAAGGUAUAAGUGAACCAUAUGUUACCGAAGAUGAGUUGAAGUUGAUGUUGCGAGGAGCAGAGUUGAGUGGGGCAAUAGAAGAGGAAGAACAGGAUAUGAUUGAGAAUGUGUUGGAGAUAAAAGAUACGCAUGUCAGGGAGGUGAUGACACCUCUGGUGGAUGUUGUCGCAAUAGACUCUAGUGCAACACUUAUUGAUUUCCAAAACUUAUGGGUGACUCAUCAAUAUUCCAGGGUACCUGUUUUUGAGCAGCGCGUUGACAAUAUAGUGGGUAUUGCAUAUGCAAUGGAUAUGCUGGAUUAUGUUGAAAAGGUUGAUCAACUAGAAAGUUCUACUGUGGGAGGAGCAAUUGCACAUAAGCCUGCCUACUUUGUACCUGAUUCAAUGUCCGUGUGGAAUCUGCUGAGAGAGUUCCGCAUCAGGAAGGUUCAUAUGGCUAUUGUUCUAAAUGAAUAUGGUGGAACUGUGGGACUGGUGACAUUAGAAGAUGUUGUUGAAGAAAUUGUUGGGGAGAUCUUUGAUGAAAAUGAUUCAAAGGAGGAGAUCCAGAAGAAAACUGGCUAUGUUGUGAUGCGAGCUGAUGGGAUAUUUGAUGUGGAUGCAAAUACAUCGAUUGACCAGCUCUCAGAAGAUCUAAAUAUCAAAAUGCCAGAGGGUCACCAGUAUGAGACGGUAUCUGGAUUUAUCUGUGAAUCAUUUGGAUACAUUCCCAGAACAGGUGAGAGUAUCAAGGUGGUGCUUGAAAAGGCAAACCUGGAAGAGAAUAGUGAGUAUACCAAUGGAGAAAGCGAUCGCCAAGAUCGGAAGGAGGAACGGUAUCAGAUGUUUAAACUUGAGAUAUUGGCCGGGAAUGCAAGAAAAGUGCGUGCGGUUCGAUUCGAGCGAAUAAACCAGGAUGAAUCGAAAGUGGAAACCAAGGCAGUGAGACGGGUGGUACCCAGAAUCAUGAAAAGGAAAUGGAGAGGCGGCGAGGAUACCGACCGAUCCGGAUCCGACUCCGAUGAAGUCCCAUUCCAGGAGAGGUGUGAAGAUGACCUUUCUGAUACCUAUGUGACUGCUGAAUAUGUGAUUGACCAUGAUGGUAAUAACAAUAAACAGUAAUUA